CCCUCUUCUGCUGUGUGCAUCCGAGGGAGCAGAGGCAAUUGCUCUCCCCCAGCGUGUCCAUUCAUGCCUGAUCCUCUUCCAUCCCUGUGAAUAUCUGAUCCUGCAGCCUUUCGUCUCGAGCAACCGGGCUUACCACAUCGGGUUUAGCGCUGAGCUCGAUCCGCUUCUGGUACCUCACCCUCGCCCAGUCAGGACCUGCGGUUAGGAGCGAACGGCAUUAUCCACUCCAUCCCCCUCCAGCGACCUCCCCUUCGCUCUCGUUCGACGGGAGAUCUCAUCGACAGAGACGAGAAUCCGUUGUCAUCGAAUCCUCAGGUCCAAAACGGCGGCCCAGAAGGGGCACGAUCUCUCUGCGACUCUUCCGUGCCCCCUUCGUCGACCUAUCCGCGUUUAACCUCUCUCACAACCCCCCCGUCCCUUUCUCUCCCUCCACCUCCCUCCCGCCCCCCUCUUAUCCCACGGCCGCUGGGACCCGCAAAUUCGCCGUUGGUCAGCGGUCGCCUGGGAGCCGACGGCAGCAAAGCAGUCCUGGUUUUGAAAGAUGGAUAUCGAUACACAACAUCCCGUCAUCGUCGGCGACAUGGCGUCCAUGACUCCUCCUGCCAGCGCCGACGGAGAGAAGCCGUCGCCUCGUGCUGACUCGCCUCGAGGAUCCGACAUGGACGUCGAUUCCGGCGCUUCAGUCGACGACGACGAGAUCCGGCCCGACCACUACUACGGCGGCGGCAGGAUCCCAAUCUUCAAGCCGACUAUGGACCAAUUCCGCGACUUUCAGUCGUUCAUCCACAAGAUCGACAAAUAUGGCAUGGAAUCUGGUGUGGUCAAGGUUAUUCCGCCACAGGAAUGGUUGGAUGCCCUUCCAUCACUGGAAGAAUCUGUUAAGUCCAUUCGGGUGAAAAAUCCUAUCAUGCAGGAAUUCCAUGGUUCCCAUGGAACUUAUACUCAGGCGAAUAUUGAAAAGCAACGAUCUUAUAAUUUGCCCCAAUGGAAGGCAUUGUGCGAGGAGACGAGUCACCAGCCUCCCGCUCGUCGUGGAGAGAGACGGCGCGCCCAGGAGAAGCCCGCACGUAACAAUGCAAGAGGCCAGACGAACAGGUCUGACUCGCAAAAGCGGAAACCUGGUCCUCCUAACUCCAAAUCUAAUGAGCCGGAAAAAACAGCUGACGGCCCUGGGGAAAAGAAACUGGAAGGGCCACCGACUCCCGUGUCCCCACAAUCCAACCCAGUUGAGCCAAAGUCCGAGGAACUGAGUGAGGGAGAAUCUUUACCAGCACCAAAGCCCAAAGGAAGACAGCCCAAAUCUGUUACCGCGCGACGUAAGUAUAAUCGCGGAGAUGCAGCAGAUUAUAUUGAUGAGGAAGCUUUCAAGGACUUUGACUACCAUCUCUCUGGAAGUGAGGAAUACACCACGGAGCGUUGUGAAGAACUUGAGACCGCUUACUGGAAGUCCCUCAUGUACAAUAACCCCAUGUACGGUGCAGAUAUGCCGGGUUCCCUUUUUGAUGACUCCGUCACAUCCUGGAAUGUUGCUAAGUUACCCAAUUUGCUGGACAUCCUUGGUCAGAAGGUCCCUGGAGUGAACACCGCAUAUCUAUACCUGGGAAUGUGGAAAGCUACAUUUGCCUGGCAUCUAGAGGAUGUGGACCUCUACAGCAUUAACUAUAUUCACUUUGGAGCCCCAAAGCAGUGGUAUAGCAUCUCUCAACAGGAUCUUCCUAAAUUCGAGGCCGCCAUGAAAAGCAUCUGGCCAACUGAUUCAAAAAACUGUGACCAGUUCCUGCGUCAUAAAACCUAUCUGAUUUCUCCUUCCCUCCUCAAAUCCCAAUAUGGGAUCACUGUCAAUAAGAUGGUACACUAUGAACGCGAGUUUGUUAUUACUUAUCCUUAUGGAUACCAUUCUGGAUUCAAUCUAGGUUAUAAUUGUGCCGAGUCUGUGAAUUUCGCGACGGAAAAGUGGCUCGACUAUGCGCGAGUUGCGAAGAAAUGCAACUGCGAAGCCGAUAGCGUCUGGAUUGAUAUCCGAGAAAUUGAAAGGAAAUUAUGUGGAGAAGCUACUCCGGAGUACUAUGACGAGAUGGAAGAUCAGUUUGAAGGCGCAUCUGACCUACUCACUCCCCCUCGCAGCGUUCCUGAGAAAUCUGGGCCCCGCAAAAAGCGAAAGCACGAUAGCGGCGAGUCCAAAACGAAGCGCGUCAAGUUGCAUCUAGAUGGCCCAAGAAAGGUUCCGUGCAUCUUGUGUCCUAAUAAUUUGGAUUAUGAGGAACUGCUGCCUACUGAAGACGGCCUGUAUAAUGCCCAUAGGCGAUGUGCUCUUUACAUCGAGGAGACUUCCAUUCUCAAAGACGAGUCCGGCAAGGAAGUCGUAUGUGAUGUCGAUAAGAUACCAAAGGCGAGAAUGGGUCUGAAGUGUUUAUUUUGCCGAGAAGUGAAAGGGGCUUGCUUCCAGUGCAUGUAUGGUAAAUGCGCUAGGGCGUAUCAUCCAACAUGUGCACUUCUCGCUGGUGUGCAGGUUGAAUUUGGCAAAAUUUCUGUUACUGCGGACGACGGGUGCGAAUACACUGUACCGGGAGUUGAUCUCAAGUGUAAAUAUCAUCGACCAAAACGACUUGGGUCCCAGUCGCCGGAAAGUAUGGAUAUGGAUUUCAAGAUCACAGAAACGGCCAAGAAGUUACGCCCUGGGGAUUUAAUACAAUUCCAGGCUGAUAAAGAGAUCAAUGGCGCGGUUGUGCUUGAAAACCGACCGGAGGAGCGCGCGUUGUUGCUGAAAGUGCUUCCGCGAGGUGACGUGAUCGAAUUACCAUAUCGUUGGAUAUUAAUCGUGAAGAAGUCCAAUUUCCUCCCGCUUCCUUCUGGCAUUAAACCGCUCCCGGCGCACUUGGCUCGAAAGCCGGAGGCUCGGAAAGACCUAGCUUCAACUAUUCCUUCACACGGUACACCGUUCGGGGACCCGUGGCUUCCCUACCAAUGGGCCGAGUUCUCCUGCGUCAAACCUCCCUUUAACUCAGACACCAGCAGAGUCGACGUUUUCAAACCUGAGCAAAUCUGGUAUUAUCUUGGAAAAACAUCCACGGAGUGCCGUGCGCAAUACACCGAAAACCCAGCACGUUCCGUCCAUAACCCUCGUUCCAACUUCCUCGAGAGCGUAAAGUCGUUAAGAGCGCCCGCUAUGGCUACAUCUCACCCCAACACUUAUUCAUCGAACCAACAAAAAUUCUCCUCCGGGGCACGCAUUGCCGCACCUGCUCCUCCCGUCCCUACACGCCCUAUCAUGACUCAGAAACUCCAACUGCCAGCUACUUCCGAUAUGCCAGGCCCAGUUUUCAGAGAAAACAAAGGGAUGCAGCUUCUAACGGCUCGUCGUCUUCUUGCUUCGAUCACGGAACAUGCCAAUGCUGGCGCGGGCUACAUCAUCGUCGACCCUGAUUUUGUGGCUCAGAUUCUCUUGGGCGAUGGUUUGACGGUGCCAAAAAACGGAAUGGAGAAGUUGAAGAAGGCUAUGUCAGAGUCGAUGAUUAGGCCUAAAUCCAAUAACGGGUUGCUUCCCUUGCAGCCAUUGAAUAUGAAAGCAGACGAAGUCGACCAUCUUUUAAGGAUGCUUCGCUUUGCGAUUGUCGACCUUGCCCAAAAGGUUUAUGGAAAUGAUACAAAAUCUGGAAAGCAGCCUGAGCGAGCAUCGGUGAAAGACCCUCGUGUUUUCUCGUCCAGCGUUGCGAUGUGGGGAAAUUUCGACGGCUCGCGACGCCAGUCCGUUUCCGUUUACAACUCGCCGUACGCCCCUGGAUUUGGGUUUUCACAGUAUGCGAUUAAGGAAUAUGGCCUGGGGCCCCCACGGUUGGCACAAAAGGAGCACUCGGCGGCCGAUUUCUUUGCCAAGUUAUCCCAAGAAGACAAAGAAAAAGUCAUCCAGGCCUGCGGCAGUGUUAACGCCUCGAGGAAGGCGGCCGCAAGCACAUCCAUUGCUCCAGGAUUAGAAAUGAGCCAAGUAUCAGGCCUGGACAUCCCGGUCACUACGACAUCCAUGGAUCCCAUGAACCUUGAUCCUCAUCACCUAUCGGCCUUUGACAUGACACUACAUGCCGAUUCUCCGGCAUCGAGCUUCAGCAGAACAGCAAUACAUUACCAGUCUCCUCAAGAUUUUUCCGCGCAGGUAGAACAUGAAUCGUCGUUACUCCCCAGACAUUUGCAAGAUCAUCAUGACCUGUUCGGUGACCAGCAGACAAACCAACGCUUUUGGCAACGAAGUGUUCCUUGGAAUGACGGCGACACUCAGUCCCAUAAUGAUGAGCCUCGCCCUUUUUUCGGACCACAUCUGCCACCUGCCGGGCAUGACUACCUUUCAUCAGACAUGGACUUCGAGCGGGGCCCCGGUUCUCUGCAUUCCAUGGACAUGGCCGGCUUUGGUUUUGAUGGUCCCGAUGAUUUGUAUCCCGAUCCCAGCCCGUAA